AUCUCUCAUCUCUCAUUUCUCAUCUCUCGGUUGAAGCCUGAAAGAGGAGGAGGAGAAGAAGAGUAAGGAGCAGGACAACCCCUCCCGCCCUCCUGCGUUACGCUCUCACCUAUCGGUAUGAGCCCGGAGAUGGCACCCUCAUCCUCUUCCCCACUAAACGGCAAACCUCAAACGCAUUUUUGAAUCUUGAUGUACCCCUUUGGCAAACCUAGAUUUUCAUCCCUUCCAUUUUCAAAUUUCUCAAACCCAAAAUCAAGGAACACCGGAAUCAAAUCAGAACAAGCAGCAAAGAGUCACAAUCAGAGCCGCCGGCUGCUGGGUGGGAUGGAUAUGAGGGGGCUCUUCCUCUUGGGUCUCUGCGUGGUGCCUUCCGUCUUCGCCGCCUCCGCCAGUGUCGUCUUCAAUGUGCACAUGCCAUGGUGUCAUGGAGCAGCCGAGUAAGAGGACUGGAGGAGGCAGCCGCGGGGGCGAGCAUAACCGGACCGAAUUCGGUUGGUUUGGAUCGAGUAAUUUAUAGUUCGGUUUAGCUCGGUUUUAGAAUAUGGUUGGCCGCUGGGGGUCUAUUCGGAUUCAGCCAUUCCUAAAUCCCAAUUUCCCAUUUGCGUCUUCCCUCUUCCUCUACCCUCUUCCCUCUUCGGCUCUUCCCUUCCCAAGUUCGCAGUUCGCAAGUCGCAACUUCGCCGGCAGCUGGCACUCCCUGACUCCCGGUCCCAGUUCCCUUCAGCUUCACCUUCCCUUCUCAGUUCCCUUCCCGCUUCGCAGUUCGCACACAGUCGGCGACGGCGAGUUCGAACCUCCUGUGCCAGAUCGGCAGAGCCAGUCUUCUCCUUCGGACUUCGGCUUCCACCUUCCCAACUUCGCAGCUCGCACUCUCGCAGACUCGCAGUACUCCUUCGGACCUUCCGUCCUUCAGGUUUAUAGCAAGUUGCAAAGAUCAUGUUCAUUUAUAAACUUUCAAGAGCUGGAGUUCAUAUGUUGAAAUGUCUCUCAAGAGGUAAAUCUUCAUUUUUGAAUAGAAGAGGAUGUCAAAGGCCUCAUGGUCAUUUUUUGCCACCUCUGUUUGAACUGCACCCAGAAACAAGGGUUUCUCAAUUUGCCAUAUCACAGAAGCAUCGUUAUUUUUGUACAACAGCUGCUGACAGCUCCUGUGAGGAAGGAAAUGAACAGAAAGAAACAAUAUCCGUGACAUUUGUUGACAAGGAUGGAGAGGAAAAGCACAUUAAGGUUCCCAUUGGAAUGUCUAUGCUAGAGGCAGCUCAUGAAAAUGACAUUGAACUUGAAGGUGCAUGUGAAGGCUCACUUGCUUGUUCCACAUGCCAUGUGAUUGUAAUGGACAUGGAGUACUACAAUAAGUUAGAAGACCCAACUGAUGAAGAGAAUGACAUGCUGGAUCUGGCUUUUGGGCUUACAGAAACAUCACGUCUGGGUUGUCAAGUGAUUGCAAAACCUGAACUUGAUGGAAUUCGUGUAGCCCUUCCUGCUGCCACUAGAAACUUUGCUGUUGAUGGGACCAACCAACUAGUGGUAGGAUGAAGAUGAAAAGAGAAGUAUAGUUGAGGCAGAAGGAAGAUGAAAUCACCAAGAAAUUAUUCGACGGCAGAGCAUGAUGAUGAAAAGGAUUGAGCUGAGUUAGUUAACGAGUUGCUUGUGAAGAUGUGGGAGGAUGGAUUGCUUGGUAUAGAAGCUAGCUAAUAUAAUCCUCCUAAUUUCAGAUUCUGAAAUUGAAGAGCCGUAUUUUUUAACAUUUCCUGAAAAACAUUCAUUAAAAGGCUUGAAAAGGAGGAAUAAUUUGUGUCAACAGACAGCUAGAAGUUGUACUUAAAGGUUAUGAACUUGUACCAGCAUGUUAGGGUUUCACUUUGGUCAGCAGUUCCUUGCCUCAAGCAUUUUGGUUGGUAGAGCCUGGUUUACUGGCGGAGAUGGUUUUUGGUUUUGUUGAUGUUGAGCGCUUUGACUUGUUUGGUUUUGUGGUUAAGGUUAGAUUGCUUGGUUUUCCAACAAAUUUGAGAUUGAAACAUAGAAAAUAGAAACAGGCAGAUGGGGUAUUAUUCCCCCAUGACUUUCUGUGCUUAGAUUUGCUUGAUCAUGAAGGAUUUAUAUGAAACUCCAUAAGGUCCAAA